CAGUUUAAAUUUGAACUCUAUAGAGGAAGUCACUGCUGGGAAAAACAAAACAAUACAAAACUCCGCCUUAAAAACUCCCACAGAGACUUGUGCCAUCUCUAAUCUGGACUGAGACUCGCAUAGACGUGCCACUGCUAUACAAGUUAAACAAACAGGAGGUUCAGCUAUUGUUACCUGUGGGAAGACUUUCGUCUGCAUCAUGCCUCUGACAGUGUCUCAGGGUGAGGGAAUGACGGUCAUCACCGUCACCCCAAAUACAAAGAGCAAAUGGCCCGUUCUGUGUCAGAUUCUGAGACUUCUGUGCUGCAGUCCAGUGUGUUCUGUAUCUCAGGAUAUGUAAGGAAAGCUGACGAACACCCACAUAGCUUUUGGGGUUGUGCAGAUGAUUGUUGGUAUCCUCAAUAUUGUGGUGGGGAUCGUGUUUACAUGCUUUGGGUUAUGCUGGAGCAUGGAUAUGAUGGCCAUGGGACCCUUUUGGCUCGGUAGUGUGUUCCUUGUAGCUGGAAUUGUGUGUAUUCUUGCAGCUAAGUUUCCCAGCUCUUGUCUGCUGGUCAUCGGAAUGAUUGUGAAUGUAGUCAGUGCUGCACUGGCUAUCACAGCUGUUGCGCUGUAUUCAGUGAACCUUGGGAAUAGUCAUACUGGAUAUUACUAUUCUUGUGAUCAAAGCUACAAUUCUUAUUCAGGCUAUUCACGCUAUGAUUAUGAUAGAUAUAGAACCCCUUCCCCUGAAGAGAACAUGAGAAUUGAGACCUGUCUGUACUACAAGAAUCUCACUGAGAUGGUCUUCAGAGGACUAGAUCUCAUGAUGAUAGUGUUGUCGGUCCUUCAGCUCUGUGUGACGAUCAGUUUCUGUGUUUUGACUGGGAAAGCUUUGUGCAAUGAGGAUGAAGACGCAAAGGCGGUGGAGGAUCCAGAAAUUCACAAGCUGCUCCUGGAAGACACCACUGCCGGAGCGGCAUGACAAGAUUAACAGACAAAAUAGUCAAAGUCAUUUUUUUUUUUUUUGCUUGUAAUGGAAUGGCAAUAUUGUAGUGAAAUGAUUUUAAAGCAGAUCUCCAUCCGCAACAUUGUUAAAUUACAUGUUUAAUUACCAUUUCACAAAUUGUUUUCUUUUACAAAAGUGGUGUUACCAUUGAUCUCUAUAUAUAGAUUAGUGGGUGUUAACUUUUAUUACUUUUUUCAGUUUUGUUACGAUCUUUGGGGCUGAUUUUUUAAGAAAUAAAUGACUGUAGCACUUUUGCAUCAAA